AUGGGCCAGGACGAGUCGUCCCUCGACCUCCCGCCGAGGACCCUCGAGGCCAAGACGCUGGCGGCCGUCGCAGCCCACAUGCCCGGCAAGCGUGUCGUCGUCCUCACCGGCGCCGGCAUCUCGACGGCGGCAGGAAUUCCCGACUUCCGCUCGCCCAAGACGGGCCUCUACAAUCAGCUCGCACGCCUCGACUUGCCCUACGCCGAGGCCGUCUUCGACAUCGACUACUUCCGCCAGCACCCCGAACCCUUCUACGCCCUCGCCCGCGAGCUCUACCCCGGCCGCUUCCACCCGACCGUCUCCCACGUCUUCAUCGCCCUCCUCGCCCGCAAGGGCCUCCUGCAGAUGCUCUUCACCCAAAACAUCGACUGCCUCGAACGCAGCGCCGGCGUCCCCGACGACAAGAUCGUCGAGGCCCACGGCAGCUUCGCCACCCAGCGCUGCAUCGAGUGCAAGACGCCCUUCCCCGACGACCGCAUGCGCGCCCACGUCGAGGCCGCCGACGUGCCGCAUUGCCUCGAACCCUCCUGCGGCGGCCUCGUCAAGCCUGACAUCGUCUUCUUCGGCGAGCCGCUGCCGAGCCACUUUUCCCAAAACGCCUACCACGCCGCCAUGGCCGACCUCGUCCUCGUCCUCGGCACCAGCCUCUCCGUCCACCCCUUCGCCGGACUGCCCGACGUCGCCCCCGAAGCCGUCCCGCGCGUUCUCUUCAACAUGGAGCGCGCCGGUCACCUCGGCCGCCGCCCCGACGAUGUCGUCCACCUCGGGCCCGUCGACGACAGCAUCCGUGCCCUCGCCGACGAGCUCGGCUGGCGGCACGAGCUCGAGGACAUGUGGCGAGCCCUCGUCGGCGAGGACGAGGCCGAACGUCAGCUGAAGAGACGCCCCGAGGGGGACGACCUGCUGGAGCUCGCCGAUGGCUUGCACUCGCUCGACCUUGACGAGUCGGACGGCUCAGACGACCUCGAUGACGAAAAGGCCGCCGCCGUCGAAGCGACGCUCGAUGCAAACGCGGCGCCCGGCGCACCUGCCGAGCGGCAUAACCAUCAAGUCAAGGCCGCCGCAGUCGUCGAAACGGCCGUGGAUCCAGUCGCGGCCCCCACCGCACCCACCAAGCGGGAUGAGCUCGAAGAACAGGCCACCAUCGUCGAAACGGCGCUCAAUGUUCGGCCUAGCCCAUCCGCCGAGCAAGCAGCGGGGUCGGGAGCGAAAAAAGACGAUGGCUUGCAUCCCGCAGAACAUGGACCGCCCCAACCAGCAGAGGCCGAGGCCGAACCGCAGCUUGAGCAACAAAAAUCUAAAACUACGGAUGGCACUGUCGAUCAGGUCCCAUCGGAGUGGACGGUGCCGGACCAGACGACCCGUCCCAGCCUGCCCCGGCCCGGCGACCCGUCAACCUCACCCCUUCCCGGGAAUGGCGAAUAG